GCCAUCCCAACGCGGCGUGUGACGCGGGCUACGACCAAUCGCACCGCUGUCCUCCGAGACAAGGAGAACGCGACGGCUCGGGCAGGACGUACAGCUGCAUCCCGCGCGAAACCCCCCUCCUCUCAAUCCGCCGCAGACAAGCCAGAGAAUGCGAAGCCGCCGGGUGCCGUGCGCGCGACGGGCUCGACUGCAGCCACAAGGGCCAAGUCGAUUGGUGUGGCUACCUCUCAGGUUGAUCCUGCCGCCCAGGGCAAGCGCAAGCGCGCGGCUCUCGGCGAGGUCCCCAAACCACCGGAGAACAAGGCGAAGCUUGCCAUUGCUCCGGGUACCACCGACCUCAAGGGUAAGGAGCGCGUCAAGGAGAUCAAGGAGAAGUUCGAGGGCGUCGUUCUCAAACAGACAACCACGACCACGACUGUCCGCAGACCCUUGCGCACCGUAGUGGAUUCGAGCACGACUUCGACAACUGCGGCAUCGCGUCGAACCCGGAGUACGACUACAGGCACACAAGCGCACGUACAGCCCUCGCAAGGCAAGCACCUGGAGGUCUUGAGAGAGCACGACGAAGAUGCUAUGGCUAUCGACCCCCAACCUCCUGCACCUAUACCGUCGCCACAGCGGUUUGUGGCUGCUCGCGAGGCCGCGCGAACAAGUAUCCCUGGAGGUUCACGAGUGCCCCGUCGGAUAUCGGGGCGUUCGCUAAAGCAGGAGGACGAUGAGGAAGAGGCUACUCGUGCGCACAAGAAGCGGCGUACGUCGUCAGAUGUCCCGGACGUGGCAGCGAUGCACGAAGAGGAGGUAGAGAACGCUGUGAUACCCAAGAGCGAGUUCGAGGAGGAAGUGGAAAAUGACGCGUGGGAUGAUCUGGAUGCAGAGGACGCGGAUGACCCGCUCAUGGUGAGCGAGUAUGUGGUCGAGAUCUUUGAGUACCUCAAGAAGGUCGAGCAAACCACCAUGCCCAACCCGAACUACAUGGCGAACCAGAAGGACCUGGCUUGGAAGAUGCGCGGGAUUCUCACCGACUGGCUCAUCCAAGUCCACUCUCGCUUCCGUUUGCUCCCCGAGACGUUGUUCCUUUGCGUCAACAUCAUUGACCGCUUCCUCUCCGCGCGCGUCGUCUCCCUGGCGAAACUCCAGCUCGUAGGGAUCACGUGCAUGUUCAUCGCGGCGAAGGUCGAGGAGAUCGUCGCACCCUCCGCUAGCAACUUCCUCUACUGUGCGGACUCGUCAUACACGGAGACCGAAAUUCUCCAGGCGGAACGCUACGUCCUGAAGACCAUCGAGUGGAACUUGAGCUACCCGAAUCCCAUCCACUUCCUUCGCCGCAUCAGCAAGGCAGAUGACUACAACGUCCAGGUUCGGACCAUCGGCAAGUACCUGCUUGAGAUCCAGUGCCUCGAGUGGCGCCUCAUCGCCGCCCCGCCCUCCCUUCUUGCCGCUGCGUCCGUCUGGCUCGCUCGUUUGAUUCUCGGAUAUUCGGACUGGACACCGAACCUCGCUCACUACUCGUCGUACCGCGAAAGGGACAUCAUCCCCACCGCCAACUUGAUGCUGAACUACAUCCUGAAGCCCGCACGGCAUCAGUCGUUCUUCAAGAAGUAUGCGUCCAAGAAGUUCUUGAAGGCAAGUAUCUUUGUUCGCGACUGGGCCCUGGAGCGAUGGGAGGAGAACACGCAGGUGGACCUCUUGGUAGAACUUCCUGUUCUCAAAGCGAUCAUCCAAGACCAGCGGGCUGCAGAGGAGCAAAUAGCUCAGGCAAACGGCACGACGGGCAGCGAUACGUUCCAGGAGCGAUGAGGUGUAUCAUGUCUGACGAACUUUUUUCGUUCGCCGGAUCGUACUUUGCGCGCAUGACUUGCUUGCAUCACCCCGGGACACCUCCAUCCUCAUCCCUAUAUCGCUUCUGGUCUUUCUCGUCACCGCUUUUCUGGCCUCUUUGUUGUGUAGCAUGCACGAACUCUCGCCGCCACUCCGGACGGCUCACGUCAAAACCUUGCAUAUCUGCAUCGAUGUUUAUUGUUGUCUAAUCCUCCUCUGUGAUACCUCCCUCCACACCUCCCCGGUCUCUGCUCUCCUGUUCCACGGCCUCGCCUCCGCCUACCCAGUCGACCUUCGCAUUCUCCCCCACACUCCAGUCCCUUCUCGUUCCUCACGCAUUCCCCCUCAUUGUCAAUAUUCCCCAGUUGUAUCUACCCACCCUCCCC